GCCAGGAGAAAGACGCGUAUCGAGUUCUCUAAUUACCCGAUUGCGCCCUAUAUGUCAAUUACUGUGUUUCUGGAAUGUGCACAGUGUUGAACCUGAGCCUGAGCAGCAGAGAUGGUGAGUACCUUAGUCCGCUCCUUUGCUUCUUCCAUGUCGCAAAUUGGGUUUGCUCAUCAUUCCUCCAAUCGUAGUAUUCCUGUUCCUAUCAUAAAAUUCAACCAUGCCCUCAGCUUUAAUUUCCCCCAGCUGUAUGCCCGCAAAAAGACUCAGAGAUUUUUACUUCAGGUAAGGUCAAUAGCUACUCCAGUUGAAACCACAGCUGGAUUUGAUGAAAUGGCCUCAGGGACCAAGAGGAAGUAUUACAUGCUAGGUGGGAAGGGAGGUGUAGGGAAAACAAGUUGUGCAGCAUCACUAGCUGUGAAGUUUGCUAACAGUGGCCAUCCUACCUUGGUGGUUUCAACUGAUCCAGCUCAUUCAUUAAGUGAUUCUUUUGCACAGGACUUGACUGGAGGAUCAUUGGUGCCUGUUGAAGGGCCUGAGUCUCCACUAUUUGCUCUUGAGAUCAACCCAGAAAAGGCAAGGGACGAUUUCCGUAGCUUGAGUAAGGAAAAUGGAGGAACUGGAGUAAAAGAUUUCAUGGACGGCAUGGGACUUGGCAUGCUUGCAGACCAGCUAGGGGAGUUGAAGCUCGGGGAGCUUUUAGACACACCACCACCUGGCUUAGACGAAGCUCUGGCAAUAUCCAAGGUGAUGCAAUUCCUAGAAUCUCAAGAAUAUAGUAUGUUCACCCGAAUAGUUUUUGACACUGCUCCAACGGGUCACACGUUGCGACUCUUAUCAUUGCCAGAUUUUUUAGAUGCCUCUAUUGGUAAGAUACUAAAGCUAAGGCAAAAAAUUACAUCCGCUACUUCAGCGCUUAAAUCUGUUUUUGGGAAAGAACAACCACCACAACAGGAUGCUGCUGGCAAACUGGAUAAACUACGGGAAAGAAUGGUGCAAGUGCGAGAGCUAUUUCGGGAUACAGAGUCAACAGAGUUUGUCAUAGUUACUAUACCGACGGUUAUGGCUAUCAAUGAAUCAGCCAGACUCUGUGCUUCUCUGAAGAAGGAAAAUGUGCCUGUCAAGAGGCUUAUUGUGAAUCAGAUUCUGCCACCAUCAGCAUCAGAUUGUAAAUUCUGUGCAAUGAAGAGGAAGGAUCAAACGCGUGCUCUUUAUGUGAUACAGAGUGACCCUGAACUUGCUCCCUUGACUUUGAUCCAAGCACCACUUGUUGAUGUCGAGAUCAGAGGUGUUCCAGCUCUUAAAUUUUUGGGUGACAUUGUGUGGAAGUAAAGUUGCACGCCAGAAGUAGAAUCACAGAAUGAUCUCCUCAAGCCUCACAUUGGUGACAUCUUCUCCAUUAGCUAGUGAUAUCAAAUGGGAAAGCUUAAUACUUGCAUCACAUUUAAUGCGUGCUAAUAGUGAUCACUGAACGUUCAUUUUAGUUGUCUGCAGGUCCAGCAAUUUAAAUUUUCAAAUGCCAACUUGGAGUUUUAUAUCAUAAACGCCAUAUAGUCUUCUGUAUGCCAUAGAAAUCUGUCCUGCAACAGUGAUGUGAGGUUUUGUUUCAUCUUAUUGAUCUAAAAUGUUCUAGUUAAUUAUAGAAGAUAGAACUGAGCAAUUCCUUGAGAAAGCUUCUAACUUGUUUGGUCCCACAAUAUUUGCAUACAUUUCAGUUUCUUACAA